AUGGUGCUGGCUGGUGGCGACUCAUUGGAUGUUUUUUUUUUCCUUUGCAGCUCACUGAAGUUGAAUCUUUUUCUGGUCCUCUGGAUUUCUUCCAUGCAGAUGCUAUGCUGCAACCCCACUCCCUCACCCACGCUGUCUGAAAAAUCUGAUUACUUUCUCAUCCUGCUGAAUAGCUGCUUAGCUGCGGUGGACAGGAGUGAAGAGCUGGCUUUUCUAAAGCCAUUUUUCGUGAAGAAUGUCAUGAAAAGGUCCUUUCGCAAUGGAGUUGGCACAGGAAUUAAAAAAACUUCCUUUCGAAGAGCAAAAUCAUGA